GCCAUGUACAUGGGGUGGAGGUGCAGGCAGCAAACGAUAUUUAAGAUGCUGAGUUUGUCGAGUGUUUAGGCUUGGGAAGGAAAGCUAUAGGAUAGAUACCAAUUAAACUGCGCUUUCAGAAACUCAAGCUUUGACAAAAGCGAAGAAAGAGCCAGGAAAGAGAAAACAGAGUGGUGAGCCCUCAAGGGUGUGAAUGUGAGGUUAUAACUGCUACAGCUCUGCAAACCUCAGCCAGCAGAUUCAGAUUUCCCACAGGAAGAGCCUUCCUCACCCAGGCCCAUGAAAGAUGCUGAAAAAGACUCUCUCAGCUGUGACCUGGCUCUGCAUUUUCAUUCUGGCCUUUGUCAGCCACCCAGCGUGGCCACAGAAACCCCCUAAGCGCAAGACACCUGCACAGCUCAAAGCGGCCGCCUGCUGUGAGGAGGUGAAGGAGCUCAAGGCCCAGUUUGCCAACCUAAGCAGUCUGCUGAGUGAACUGAGCAAGAAGCAGGAGAAGGACUGGGUCAGCGUGGUCAUGCAGGUGAUGGAACUGGAGAGCAGCACCAAGCGUAUGGAGUCGCGGCUCACAGAGGCCGAGAGCAAGUACUCCGAGAUGAACAACCAGAUUGACAUCAUGCAGCUGCAGGCAGCGCAGACGGUCACGCAGACCUCGGCAGAUGCCAUCUACGACUGCUCAUCCCUCUACCAGAAGAACUACCGCAUCUCUGGGGUGUACAAGCUUCCUCCUGAUGACUUCCUGGGCAGCCCUGAGCUGGAGGUUUUCUGUGACAUGGAGACAGCAGGUGGCGGCUGGACCAUCAUUCAGAGACGGAAGAGUGGCCUCAUCUCCUUCUUCCGGGACUGGAAGCAGUACAAGCAGGGCUUUGGCAACAUCCGUGGGGACUUCUGGCUGGGGAAUGAACACAUCCACCGGCUCUCCAGACGGCCAACACGGCUACACGUGGAGAUGGAGGACUGGGAGGGCAACGUGCGCUACGCCGAGUACAGCCACUUUGUUCUGGGCAAUGAAUUGAACAGCUACCGCCUCUUUCUGGGGAACUACAGUGGCGACGUGGGGAAUGACGCCCUCAUCUAUCAUAACAACACAGCCUUCAGCACCAAGGACAAGGAUAAUGACAACUGCUUAGACAAGUGUGCGCAGCUCCGCAAAGGUGGAUACUGGUACAACUGCUGCACAGACUCCAACCUCAAUGGGGUCUUCUACCGCCUCGGGGAGCACCACAAGCACCUGGACGGCAUCACCUGGUACGGCUGGCAUGGCUCUACCUACUCCCUCAAACGGGUGGAGAUGAAAAUCCGCCCAGAAGACUUCCAGCCCUAA